AAAUUUACUGGGAACGACGAUACCACGGUGAUCGUCGAACAUCAGCUUACAACAGUCAUAUUUUCUCGCUUUCUACGCCUUCAUGUAAUAGAGCAUAGUGGAAACGCGGAAUUUCGAUUGGAGUUUAUUGGCUGUUACAUAGGUAAGAAUUAAUUCAGAGUACCUGCAGCUAGCACUGAUCUAAGAAUAUAAGAAAUACGUCUAUAUACGCAGGAAACCGCGUAUGAUGACUAGUACAAUUAAUGAGUAGUUGCAUGCAUGCAGUGCAAGCGAUUAUGAAAAUUUUGAUUAUGAGGUGCGGGGGAGAUUAGCCUGUAUAAGAUCUAUGAUCGAAAUCAAAAUAUUUCAAAUUGAAAAUAUAUAUUAUAAAUUUAUUAUAAUACAAUAUCAAUAAUAUCGGCAACAAAAAUACCGAUAAUUUUGAAUUUAGGGCCAAGUUACCGAUUGAUCCAAUACGCCGACAUGGAUACCAGUCUAUCACUAGAACUUGCAAUCACUGGAAAUACAUUAUAACCACACGCAUAGACAUAGUAAAAGACCGCGUGUAUCAAUAAGAAAGAUUAAUUUACAAAAUUGGAUUUACGUUCCAGAUAAGGAUGUAUAAAUUUUGAGCGGGUUUCGUUUAUAUUACACAUUAAUUUUAGUCAAAAUUUUGAGAAAUGAUCCAAGGUUUAGAAUUCUGUUAUAGAUCCCCUGUUUAGAUUCUCAGACAAUAUUAAUUGCAUGGUCAGUCUGCACGCACUAAAUAUUUUUCGUCUUUUUAUUUGAAGACUGCUUUUUCUUCGAUAAGCAAAGGUUAUAUGUAGCCUAUAAGCCUCUUAAUUGGUGUUGAAUUGGUUUUUUGUUGGUGUUUAGAUACAAUUGUGCGUGAGUCCAUACCUCUUGGCAUGGAAAACGGUUUAAUUUUGGAUUCUCAACUUAGUGCAUCAUCUGAAAAGUAUUACUAUAUUUCUGGUGCUGCUAGUGGCAGACUUAAUUCGGAAACAGUACCUAAUGAAAGACACGGUGGUUGGAUAGCAGCAGACGAUGACAGCGCUCCUUGGCUUCAAGUUGACUUCAUAAUCAAUGCUACAAUUACUGCUAUAAUUACCCAAGGUCUAGAUACUGGGGUAAAUUAUGUAAAAGAUUACACUGUGACAUUCAAUAACAGUAAAACAGGAAUGGAAAAUUACAUUGGGAAGAGCACUGGACAAGUAACGGUAAGGAGGAUUAUCAAUAAAUCAAUCUCUUUAUUUCAACACGAUAAAUUAUUCAACAGAGCUGGUGGGGUCGUGCAUUUAGCUAUAAUGAUUAAAAAUACAAUUAGUUAUAUAUGAAGUAUGCCUACUCUUUUGUCUUUGUAUUUAGUUACAGCAACUAAAAUGGGAUCGAAGUUUAUUUACUAUAAUAUCAAAUUUACUUAGUAGAUACUUGAAUUCAUUUAAGCGAUCCUUGCCAGACAAACUGUUCCACGCUAACAUCACUCCUCUAUACGGUAUAAAGUUCCUGCACGAUAUAUUCUUUCUAGUCUUGGAAGAAUCAUAUUUCUAUUUAUUCUACUUUCGGGACAAAUAAAUCCCUUUGUACAAAUAAAUCCUUGGAUUCUGCAACAGUUAACAACAGUCUGUAACCUGUUACACAUUUAAAAACGAAUUCCGUCAAUUUAACCUUAAUAUAUACAUUGUUUCUAAACUGCAUGCUUGUCCCAUUGUGUUCGCGCUAAGACGUGUUCAGCACUGCAAGCAUGUCAUAGGAGAUUAUAGGGAAUGAUAGAAAAAGUACGUUGCUACAAUAAUUACUAAGCAUGACUAUAUAGAUGUUGGGUAGAGUAUUACGAACUUAGGAUUACUAUCGAAAAUUGUUAAGAUAUUACCGCGCAAUAACCUAGCUAUUAAGACAAACUACAGUAACAAGCUGUCCAUUCGUGGCUCUUUACGCUGUUAAAGAGCGCCUCAAAUGAGUACGUUCAAGCUAAACGCAUAUUAGGUACGUUCUCCUUGCCCAAGUUUUGUUCAAACUGCCGCCGAAGUGCUUUUUCUCUGGUUUUCUCUUGUCUAAUUGAAAAGCCCCCCCCCCCCCCUAAGUUGCUGUGCUCCUCUAAUUUUACAGUGCUUCCUCCGCCCCUGCGUCUGUAAAAUAUUAGUCAAAUUUAUAUUAGACACGGGAAACUCGUCUUGGACGGCAAACUCAUCUAUUAAAACCUGUCUGAAUAUUACUUUUGACAUAUAUGUAUAGUGUUGUCGAUAUGGAACUUUGAGGAUCUUGUCAGUCGGGGUCUGUGUUCCUCUCUUCCCUUGGAAAUUUUUUAUUUGUUCCCUAUCCCACAAAGAUAUAAACAUGUUCCCUUGUUCCCCAUCUUUACAUGUUCCUUUGCAUGUUCUGAUGUUUCCUAUGAUUUUUUGGCUUUGUUCACGUGUUUCAUUGCAAAAUAUGCCUAUUAAAGGUCAUUAAAAAUGUUUUAAAACGAGAUAUCUCCGAAGUUAUAGAAACUAUUCACAAUAUAAACGACGUUCGAAAAACAGAAAAAUUGUUCGAAACGUCGUUUUUAUUGUCCGAAAAAUUGAUAUAUUUGAAAUUUUCAUGACGUUGUAUGUAGUCUAUUAUUUUUUGACAGCUACUUUCCUUCGCUAACAGGUGCUUAAUGCAACAAACGUGAAGCAAGAUUUAGAUCCAUAUAUUUCCGCUCAUAUUGUUCGAAUCAAACCGAAAACGUGGAUUGGAAAUUGUGCUUUAAGAGUUGAGUUCCUCGGUUGGUAUGAAGGUAAGAUUAACUUUACUUUAAAACAAUGUCAUUGCAAUAUUUACAACAUGAGCUCCACCUUUGAAUUUACUAUUCGAGUAAAUUGUUAAACACUUCCAAAUUUAUCAGCAACUUCACAUAAAACAACAAGCAUUAGACAACAGUUUAUGUUAUAAAUGUAAUUGCACUAAAAGGGACGCUGUUCGCCCCGGGGUGGGGGAGAUUUUCGAAAAAAAAUUGGAUUAGUGUUAAAUAAAGAUUAGAUUAGGGUCAGAUUAAGAUUAGGGGUUAAACAUUAGGGUUACGGCUCGAUAAGAUUAGGGGUUAAACAUUAGGGUUAUGUGUCGCGAAUUUAUUGUAUUGAUAAAUUCGGACGUGUUUAACAAUUUACUCAUACUGUAAAUUCAAAGGUGGAGCGGAUGCUGAAUAUUUAAAACUAGUAAUUUCUCUGCAACUCAUAAAUAUCCACAAAACCCAUGCAAUAACCAUAAUGAAUACAAUAAAAAAACAUGAUGGACGAAUGAUGGCCUGUUUAACCAGACAUAUAGACGGCUGCGGAUUAAGGGAAAUACAACUACCUGAAAAUAUGAGCAGAACUUCGACGUUUCGAGCGAAGGCCCUUCGUCGUGAAGUUAGUAUAUUAACUUCCUGACGAAGGGUCGUCGGUCAAAACGUUGAAGUUCUUCCUAUUUUUUUCUUUCUUGUUAUCGUCGUUAUCUACAUGCACUCGCACAUACCAUAAUUUAUAUGAGAACGCAAUUCAAUGUGAACUUUGUAGCUUGGCAUGCAUUUUUCUUCUUUUGACGUUAUCGUUUAAAAUGACGUUAGACGUUCCUUUAUAGGCGUUGGUGUGCACUUAAUGUUUUAUUUGUUAGCUAGGAUAAUUAUCAUUAUGCAGAACAUUUAAUUUCAAAGUAUAUACAUGUCUUACUUGAUUGAAAUGUAAACGCCAUAGUGAAUUAUCUCUGCAACCGUUUAUAAUUCUACUUUGUUCUUGAGAUACUACAUGAGUUGUACCUGGCAAACAAAUCGACUUGUCACCCAAUUGUGGUAAAAUGUUAAGAGACAUUUUCCAUGUAAUAGGCUAUAUAUACAUAAUAUUUUUGGCUCUGCUUUCUUAGGCAAUAGUAAUUCAGAACUGCUGGGCAUGUUCAACCGAAGUGAAAUCUUAGAUAGUCAAAUCCGUUCGUCUGUACAAACUCCAGUCGAUCACGGCUCUCACGCUGCUAGGCUUAAUUUCACUGUGGGUUGGCUUGCGGAAGAUAGCGGUGACUAUAUACAAGUUGACUUUGGCAGAAGGGCAAGCAUUACGGAGAUAUGGAGUCAAGGUGCAGGAGACGGCUCUUCCUGGACUAGAAAUUUUACUGUUGCAAUGAGUAACGAUGGAGUGAACUUUCUCGAUUACGAAGAGUAUGGCGCGCGCAAGGUUUGUAUUUUGUUUGAAAUAUACGUUAUGUAUUUAAUGUUGAAAGGUUUUUGUAAAUGGAAAUUUGGGUGUAAAUUUUAUACAUCUUUAGACCUAACCAGGAACAGCUGCGAAAAAUGCAACUGUAUUUACUUUGGCAGGAAUGUACUCGAAAUUUCCAUGCACGAAAACCUUUGAACAUUUAGUUUUCAACAUCGAGUGAGAUGCAGCCGUCCCGGAAUUAAUUCCGCUUGGCUAUUUACACCCGGCGAAAGGAAAGCAUUAGCGAAGUCUAAAGUUCAUCAAUAAUCGCUGGCGCGUGGCUUUGUUUCAUGAUGUCGUGGUGUUAUGGGAGGACCUCUUCACUGAUCUCAAAAGUAUGGCAAAUUUCUGGAGUGGAAGGAGGGGAAUUCGCGAGGAAAAAAGUGAAAAAGAUUAUUCAGAAACCCGAAAUGAGACGAACAGCCAGACAGUUUAUUUGGUUUUGCUUCAUAAUAAAAUAUUAGGGCAAUAGAUUGCUGGAAAUCGUAAGUUUGUUUUAAAUGUACGUUUUCUUUAUAAUUGCUUUAAAAACUGGCGUUGCGUAUAAUGAAAAAAAAACCAGCAUAUAAUUAAAUUCAAUGUAUUUUUAUUAAUUACUCUUUAUGAGUAAUAAUUUUCAUGCGAGAAGUUGAAUUCUUAGUAAUUCUCAUGCGAGAAUUUGAAAUAAUUUUAUUUCAAACUCAAAGUUUAUCGAUAAAAAGCAGUAAUAGUUUUAAGAACAUUCUAAAAUGUUUUGUGAAGCGUUUGUGGUUAAAUUUUACAUUAAGUUGAAGCUUAUAUUUCGUAUAAUAACAUACCUAACAUAUAUACUUUUGGGAAAUUGUUAAUGUUGUAAUUUAAAGUGAUCUUUUCGGGUGUUUCUCAAAUUUAAAAAUAUAAAGAAUAAAAUGAUUGUGCUACCAUGAAAACCACUUCAAAUACUUCAUGUUUGGAAAAUGCAAGCAUGUAUUUCUAGUAUGUAUUUAAUAAUUUGUACAGUAGUUGUUUGGUCCAUAUUUGUUGUUAUCAUAAAAAUUGCCCAAACGAAGUUAAGGCCAUGUUACACGGUGCAAUUUUUCUUGCAACUUGCAAUGCAAUUCUACUCUUGAGAGAUGUAAAAUUGCCAAAUACGAGUCUUCAUUACACUCCGCUGAUGUUUUGUCAACAUAUCGAAAAUUCUUCACUGAUUUCACUAAUUAACAUCUCUCAAGAGUAGAAUUGCAUUGCAAGUUGCAAGAAAAAUUGCACCGUGUAACAUGGCCUUUAGGCAUUGCUUAAACGUUGUGUGAGUUUGUUAGUCUGUUCGGAAUCGCAAGCCUUGGUAUUUAUUCAAAAAGUAGUAUGUCUUUGCGUUUGUGGUGCACUUGUUUUGCGCAUGCUCAAGGGCACCGCCUUGUACAACCUCGUACCCAGGGUCCCCGUGUUUAAAGGUUCUGGUGUGCAACGUGGUUGCGCCUUGUAGUACAACAAUAGCUCAGUGCGCAUGCGCAGGAACUAAAAAAUGCCGAAGAAUUUUUUUAUUCAGAAUAGAAACUCGUCCAAUUACUCAUUCGAUAAGUGAAACAAACAAAACUACGGAAAACCGGUAUGCUAGACCUUAAUCAUAAGUGCUCUAAUAUUUGAUGUAUAUGAAGAAAUAUAAAUGAAAUAAAAUUAAAUUUCGCCAUUUUUUUAUGUAAACAUAGACUUACCACUUUUGAGCAACAUUUUGAUACUAUUAAACGAAGCAAUAUAUAAAAGUUUGGGUUUGUAGUGGUUUUCUAAUGUAGUGUUUACAGUAAUUUUACCUAGCAAUUGGCCCUUUCAUUGCCUAAUAACAAAUAUACUAUUCUGUUUCUUCUCAUGUACAACUAUUUUAAAUUAUGACAUUGUCUUUUUUUCAAGACCUUCUUUGCCAACAUUGAUCAUUCUUCUACUGUUGUCCAAAAACCGCUGCAUGUGAUCUUUGCUCGUUUUAUACGAAUUAUUGUGGAUCACUUUGUUAACCUUCCUGGCUUGAGGCUUGAAUUCGUGGGACGUUUAGUAGGUAAGUUUACAUUUAAUUAAUUAUUCUCAUUAUUAUUAUUAUUAAGUCCACACUCCACCCAAUCAUAGCCUAUCGAAGGGAAGAUGGCUGUGAAACUCAUUAGAAUAACAAUAUAACUCAUUAUCUAUGCUAGUCAACGUUUAUUCAUAAAUCUGGUCCUUCACCGUUACCUGUGUAUUGUAUUUUUGCCCAACUAACCAAUAGCAAUGUUUUAGGAAAGCUACCUAUCCGUGAUUCGAACAAUAAGGUAAAUUAGAAGUUGCUAUUGGUGGGUUUGGCAAAAAUACAAUACACACGUGACGGUGGAGGACCAGAGUUAUGAAUAAACGUUGACUAACAUAGAUAAUGACUUAUAUUGUUAUUCUAAUGAGUUUCACAGCCAUCUCCCUUUGAUAGGUUAUGACUCAAUGAAAGACAGUUGUACGUUUGUUCCGGACAUUGGCUCCGAAUUAAUAAUAAUAGGGAGCUUUAGCAGCGAGUACGACUACGAGUACGAGAUUUGAUCGCGUGCGAGGAAAUCACCGUAGUCGUUCUCGUUUCCGUUCAAAUGUUGCUUUUAUAGUAGUAAACAAACAACGAAAGAAAAGUUUCUAUAAACUAAAUCUCAUGCAGGCUAAAAUCCACUACAAAAUGUGCAAAUAAGUUAUAACAUUAAAAACAAGCCAGAUAUUUAGUACUAAUAGAUUAUUUUUCCCGGAUAAACGCUACAAAUUAUUUUUGAGAAACAAAAAAAAAGCCAACUUUUUUUGUUUUUUGAAAAGUCGUCGUGAGGACUACGAGAUUUCUCCACAAUUUCGUUCUCAGAUUGGCGACGGCUACGACUUUUUCGCAUCAGUACGAGAUGGCGUAAACAUACAGCAUGCGUUUCGCUUGACGAAUCUCGUACUCGUACUCGCAGUCGCUGCUAAAGCUCUCUAAUAAUCUCCGGGACGAGGGUACUAAUUCUGCUCGGCUAUUUACAUCCGGGGAAAGGAAAGCAUUAUACAAGCGGCGUUUAUAUAGCAACAAAUGGAUUUAAAACAAUUCAAUCGAGGGGUAAAUCGGUGAUUUAAAUCACGUACAGAUUCAGAAAAAUGACUAAAAAUAAAAACAAAUCACAGAAAAUCCUUUUUUUUUCACAAAAAUUUUUACAAAAAAUAGAUAUAGAAAAACAUAAAACAAAAGAAUGAAAAAACCCAAAAAAAGUCACAAAAGAAAUCACAUUAACCUUUUAGAAGUGAUUUUCCCCUCGAAUUUAAUCCCCGAGCCACCAACGGCAACGCGGAGUGCCGGGCGGUACAAAUUCCGCACGGCUAUUUACUCCACGGGAAAGGAAAGGAAAGGAAAGCAUUAGCGAAGUCUAAAGUUAUAUGCUGCCUUUUUCAUUACGCAACGAUCAGUUUUUAAAGCAAUUAUAAAGCAAACAAUACAUCAAUUUAAAACAAACUUACCUUCAUUAAUGUCGGCGUGUUUGCUCCCUUUAGGCACAGAAUAAGGAAACGAACGUUUUUGGUCGUUUUUUCACGAAAAGGUUUUGAAACUUACAAAAUCUUGCAAACAUAAAAUAUAUUUGCAAGAAAUGUUUAUUUCGCUGUCGUUAUGCAAUCGUUAUUAUGCAAAUUUCAAAUUUGACCAAUCAAUGUUCGCUAUUUACGACAGUUUGCUAUAUUUUGAGAUCAAUGAGGAUGAACGGUGAACCAUAGCCAUGCACCCGCGAUUAUUGAUGAACUUUAGACUUCGCUAAUGCGUUUCGUUCCCUGGGUGUAAAUACCCGGCAAGACAAUACCCGGCCGGUAAAUACCCGCCCCGGGCUUACGCCCGGAACGGCGCUCCGCGCCGUGGGCUCGGGGAUAAAAAUCACAACAGUCAUGCAGUUACGGAUAAAAUUAAAUUCCCUUCAUUUAAUGAAGAUAAGCAUCUGGUCGAUCCAAUCCGUUAUUCUUCGUACGUUAAGGACAAGUGUUUAUGCAUGUUAUCUAAAGCUCCAUCAGUACUCUCGAAGUAGCAACUCCAGCUUAUAUCACACAAUAUAUCACUGAUCGCUUUCAACCACUCGCAGGUUAAUAAUAAUAAUAAUAAUAGACUUUAUUUAAAGAAGGUGUUACAAAACCAGUUUAGCAUAGCUAAUCUUAUAAUGGGCCUUCUAUUUCUUGAGUCAAAUACCAAAACCAAUUGAGAACAAUAGGAAAUGGGCGUGUUUUACGAGUGUUAAAUAGUGAACAUGCAUGCUAAAUAAUGAUUGUUAAUUUUGGAAACAUGUUGAAUGACGCCAAAUAUGAAUAUUGAAGAUUAUACGUCCCCAUGCGUAGCAUUUUUCAUGUGCCCACUGAAAUAAAUGCAAUUUGCCGUUUGCGAACUCUGCACAUUGCCGACUUUGGUUGGUCAACUAAUUUCCGACGAGCUAGUAGUACGUAGUUAAAAUAUGUUUUGCGUCUAUUUAGACACGAAUUUAGAAAGCCCACCGGUUGCACUUGGCAUGGAAGAUCGUUCGAUUUUGGACUCUCAAAUUUUAGCAUCGUCAACAAAAUACUACCAAACAUUCGGAGCUGCAUAUGCCAGACUGAACCUUACAGCCAUUGGUAAUGUCAGUAGUGGUAGCUGGAUAGCAGCGGAAAACGACAUUGAUCCAUGGCUCCAAGUUGACUUUAUAAGCAAUGUGACGAUCAGUGAAAUAAGUACUCAAGGCUUAAUAGAGAAUACAAGUUCGUAUGUCACAAGUUACAGACUGGCAUUUGGGGAUAAAGGGGACAGUUUACAAGAUUACCAAGUCAAUGAGCAAGUAAAGGUAAAUAUUAUAUACUUUGUCUGCUCCCGAGGGAAGCGUUUAGGGGCCGAUCAUUUAACUUUUUUUUGGGGGGGGGGGUUGAUAGGGUGAUUUUGAAAAAAAUUUCCUGCAAGACUAUUCUGAACAAAAAAAACCUGCACUAGUAAAUAUCCUGCCCCAGUACUUGGCGAGAAAAAAAAAUGUUGCAAAACAGCAUGGUUGCAGGGAUCGAUCGCGAUUUGACCAGUCCCAGAAGAUCAGCUGGUUUCAUUUUCAGGGACUAAAGGUGUAAGGUUAAUUUCUUGUUGGAAAACUUCUCAAAAUGAUGGAAAUAGCUCAUCUGAGCUUCACGAAAUCCAAAAUUUUCUGGGGGGCAUGCCCCCAGACCCCUCUAGACGCUCGCACCUUGGGUAGUCGACUCGGUUGUCUCAGAAUCCUAGUUACGGCCUGAUCUGCUGCCCUAUGACAUAUACUUAUUAGUUAAACCAUGCAUAUAUAUGCUGCAGGUAGCUGCAGUGGUACAGACUUGCCGACUGAAACUUCUCCAGGUCCCCCGCUAAAUAAGUCCCCUACAGUUACACAUACUUAAAAGAGGCCCUGAACCAAAAAUUAUACUUCAUAGCAAUAUGUAUUAUUAAAAGCAAUACAUGAAGCUAGAAAACUCAACGUUAACUAUAAUUAAAGAAUCUAAAUAGUAUAAGCUAUUGAAAAACAAAUGCUGCGAAAGAGAGAGUGGCAAAAAAAUCAUACAUGGUGAUGGGAUAGGAAAAAAAAUCUUGCACAUAACGAUCCCAGAAAAAAAUUCCCUGAGAGAGAGAGAGAGGUCAUGGCCUAUUGGUUCUCACUGGACAAUCACAAUUCAGCAGGAUUUUCAAAAAAAUGUUUAAAAAAGUUUUAAAAAAGUUUUAAAAAGAAAAAAGUUUAAAAAGUUAGAUUUUCAAAAAAGAUUAAAAAGUUAGAUUAGGGUUAGUGGUUAGUGGUUAGGGUUGGGGUUAGUGUUAGGGGUUAGAUGCCGCGAAUUUAUCAUUGUGAUAAAUUCGAAAUGUGCCGCGAAUUUAUCAUAAUGAUAAAUUCGGACGUGUUUAAGAAUUUACUCCUAUAGUAAAUUCAAAGGUGGAGCUCAUGCUGACAAAAUUAUAUCCAAACAACAUGAUUUUCUAUACGUUAACAAACUUCACUGCCUUUUUGUGUUUUUGCUUUAUUAAAGCUUGAACUGAAUUUGUUCAGGUAUUCCUUCUGAAUAUGGCGUUAUUCGCUUAUUUAGAAAAAAUUGCGUAGAAUUUUUAAAGAUGACCGUCAUUUUAAUGGCGUAAAACAAAGCUAUGUUUAUUUUAUGUGACGUAAUUCCAUGCGUCUGUCCUCUAAUGGAUAUGAGCUCUCGACCAACAAAAUUAUUUAAUUUAUUAUAAGUAAUAGCAUAAAAAGAGGCGAAUUAGCUAUUAAAACGUCCCGCCCAAUGAGGGUCGUUUAGUAAAAUUCCCUUGGGCGCCGCUCGAUUCGGGUCAUUUAGUAAAAUUCCCGAGGGCCGAACCUUAUCAUAUCAUGAUAUCGGGUAUUCCCUUUGUUCUCGCAGGGCCAUUAAAAACCAAUUAACAAUAAAUAAUGGUAUAAAUUAAAUGGUAUUAUAAUUGUUUUCCAUGUUUUUGCUUAGUUUUGGCGAUUUCAGAUGUCUUCAUUUACAUUCAUUUUUUCUAAUCGUACCCGCUUUGACGUCGUAUCGGGUAGGAUUAGAAAAAAUGAAUAUAAUGAGGUGUAUUAGUUUUUAAUUGCCCUGCGAGAACAAAGGGAAUACCCGCAAUCAUGAUAUUAUUAUAUAAAUGACAAUAGAACGAAGUAACUUGUUGCAUAUACUAGCCUGCGAAUACAGACGCCUUUUAAUUUCGCCCGAUGUGAGGCGUCUGUAUUCGCAGGCUAUGUAUAUACAGGUAUGUUGCAUUUAGGCAGCGGCUAUUACAAAUGAACAACUUUCAAAUGAACAACUUUCAUCAAGCUAUGUCAUUAAUUAAAUAAAUAUUCAUUAUAAAUUAUCUCUUUCCCAAAGGAAUUUUAUGCGAACUAUAGCAUCAGUUCCAUUAUCAGACAACCGUUGAAGCCAGUUAUAUUUGCUCGAUUCAUUCGAAUAAAACCAAAAACAUGGACCGGAGAUUGUGCAUUGAGGGUUGAAUUUUAUGGCAAAUAUGAAG